AUGGUUUUGGACGAUGGCCUCAAAAUGAGCACCAGCCUCAGCGACAUCAAUGCGGCCGCCAACGGGGACGCGCAGCAGGCAGCGGAGUUUCCAGAGCAGACCAUAGAGGUGGUGUCAGUCACAGAGGAGGACCUGCCCACCGUGGAGACCCCCAACAUCCUGAUCGUCAGCCCCCUGGACAGCUUCGUCACCGAGCCCAACGGUCACCCAGAGAGAGAGCUGCCUGAGGAGAGCCCGCCCACUGCCCCCAGUCCCAGCAUGCCCAUCACCAAAGUGCAGCCUUUUCUCAACGAGGACGACCUGAGGAAGACCGUGUGGGAGCGAGUGUGGGAGAACCGUCUGGAGCUGAUCUUAUGUGUGAUUAUUGUGGUGGUCGUCAUCGUGGCUCUGGGCAUCGGUCUGGGAGGUCAGUCUGUGGUCAGUCUGUGGUCAGUCUGUGGUCAGUCUCUGGUCAGUCUGUGGUCAGUCUGUGUGGGGCUGAGCUGUUCGGGGAAAUUCAAGUGUGGAGCCUCCUCCAAAUGUAUCCAGGCCUCUCUGCAGUGUGACGGCAAAGAGCAGUGUGAGAACGGAGAGGACGAGCUCAGCUGUGUGCGUCUGAGCGGCCGCAGCUCUGUGGUGCAGGUGCAGAAGGCCGGGCUGUGGAUGACCGUGUGUUAUGACGACUGGACCUCCUGGAUGGGAGAGUCCGCCUGCCGCCAGCUGGGAUACAACAGUUACGUGGCGUCGUCGUCCUCUGGGGUGAACUCCAUCGAGCCGGAGCUGCAGUACAACCUGGUGUCCCUCGAUGGAUUGUCUGGAGGAGUGUUCAAGCUUCACAACAUGAGCGUCACUUUUAAAAGUCAGUGCACCUCUGGGAAAGUGGCCACGCUCAAAUGUUUAGACUGUGGUCAGCGGCCCCAGUUCAGGUCCAGCCCCAGCUCCAGGAUCGUGGGAGGCAACAGUUCCAAAGCAGGGCAGUUCCCGUGGCAGGUCAGCCUCCAGAACAAGGGGGAGCACCUGUGUGGAGGCUCCAUCAUCACCUCCCAGUGGGUCCUGACGGCGGCUCACUGCGUCUAUGGUUUUGCCAUCCCGGCGGAGUGGGGCGUGUACGUGGGCAUCACGGAGCUGCCGGGGUUCGGGUCUCAGGCUCUGGAGGUGGAGAGGAUCGUCUACCACGCUCGCUACAGGGGCCGGCUGGACUACGACAUCGCCCUCAUCAAGCUCCGCAAUCCGCUGCCCUUCAAUGGAUUGGUACAGCCCAUCUGCCUGCCCAACCACGGGGAGCUGUAUGAGGCGGGGACCCUGUGCUGGAUCUCAGGCUGGGGGGCCACCGAGAACGGAGGAGAGUCGAGCGUGAUGCUGCGCUCUGCCAUGGUGCCCCUCAUCUCCACCAAAGACUGCACUCAGAAAGACGUGUACCCGGGGAUGAUCACCGCGGGCAUGGUGUGUGCGGGAUACCUGGAGGGAGGGGUGGACUCCUGCCAGGGCGACAGUGGUGGUCCUCUGGCCUGUGAGGACUCGUCUCUCUGGAAGCUGGUGGGGGCGACCAGCUGGGGGGUGGGCUGUGCGGACCAGAACAGACCAGGAGUGUACACGCGCAUCACAGAGAGCCUGAGCUGGGUCCGACAGGAGAUGGCAGUAAGUGCACUGUAA